AUGAUAAAAUUUUGUAGCAAUACAUAUUUAUCCAUAUAUAUUAAUUUAUCAAAAAAAAUCAAUUCAUCCAGAAAUAUAAGUAAUAUUUGUGAUAUGGUUUUAAGAAGAAUUUCGAAGUUUUCAUUUUCACACCGAUAUAUGUACAUUUUUUCAUUUAUUAAUGUUUUGAACUCUACACUCUUAAUUAAACCAAAGUAUACAUACUUAAACAAUACUGCUUUUAUUUCUUAUAUAAAAAAUUCAAAUAAUUUCGUUUUGAGAAGUUAUUCAAUUAAAAAAAAUUAUAAUGCUCUUAUAUGCAAAUCAUUUAAAAAAUAUAGAAUGAAUAAUAAGCUUUCGAAUUCCUUGAAUAUGGAUACAAAUAAUGAAAAUGAAAAUAUUUUAAAUGAUCAUAUUACAUCAUUCAAUAAAAAUAAUGAUGUAAAUAAAAAUUUCAGAAAUUUUAACCAAAAUGGAAAUCCUGCAUUUAGUAGACAGUAUAAUAAAAACAGAGCAAAUAAUUUUAUUAGUAAUAAUAAUUAUGUAAACAAUAACAAAAAUAAUAAAUAUUCAAAUAAUAAUUAUUCAAAUAAUUAUUCUAGUUAUUUAAAUAGAGAUAGUAAUAAAAAUAACGAGGCUAACUUUACUUUGAAUGAGACAAAGUUAAACACCAAUGUUAAUUAUAUUAAUGCAAAUAGUAACGAAAAUAAAAGUAACUACAUAAUAAAUGACAAUUUUUGUCACAUAAGUGACAACAAUUUAAGUAAUAACACGAAGAAUAAUUUUAAUAAAGACCAAUUAUUGCUAAAAAAUGUGAAAGGAAAAAAUAUAUAUAACAACAAUAUAGGUAGCAAUAAUAUUAACACAAAUUAUUUAGAUAAUUCAUCAAAUAAUAUAAAUUAUAAAAAUUUUACAAACGAAAAAAAUUUACCAAGACAAAAUUUAGAAGGAAACGUAAAUAACAACAAUUUAAAAGGCACAGAAAGAUUUAGUUAUCUAAAUGAUAACUAUCAAAAUAACGUUAAAUAUAUUAAAAAUAGCUAUAGUUCGAAUAAGAAAAACAUCAACACAUAUAAUUCAAAUGUAAAUGUUAAUAACAACUUUAAAAAUAAUGAGAAUAGUAAUUAUAUGGAAAAUAAUUUCAAAAGAGAAUCAUCAGAAAGUAUGAUAAAUAAUAAUCUCAAAAUUAAUUCUAUUUUAAACUUAAAUGAUGUAAACACUGAUUUAAAUAAUAAUUUAACAAUGAAAUUAGACACAGAUUUGAAUGAUUUAGAUUUAAAUGAUAUGGUAGGUGUAAGUGAUGUGUAUAGUAGUAAUAAUAAUAAUAAUAAUAAUAUUGAUAACAUAAAUAAUGAUAUAAAUAGAAAUAAUAAUAAUAAUACGUUAAAAUUAAAUAAUUUAAUUAAAAACAGAGACAUCAAUAGGAAUGAAGGUUUUGACAAUAAUAAGAACAUAAAUGAGUGCAUUAAUACAAAUUCAAAUGGCAUGAGAGGUAUGUUGGAUAAUUCAUCUAAUUAUAAUAAUCGGAAUAGAAAUAAAAUUAUUUCACAUAAUUUUAAUACGUUAAAUAAUACAACUAAUUUUAAUAAUAAUGUGAAUAAUAUGAAUAACAAAUCAAGUGGUACAAGUCGUAUGAAUAAUAUGGUGUCUCCAAACAAUAUGAAUAAUUUGGAUUACAAUAUGAACAUUUUAAGUGAAAAUGAAAGGAAUUCAAAUAAUAUAAUGAAUAAGCAUACAAGAAAUAUCUCUUAUGAUAAAACCAAUAAUUACAGUAAGGAUAUUAAUAAAAUAAAUACAUAUGAGACUAAGAAGAAUGAUAAUUUUUGUCAUAUUUCAUCAUCGAACAAUUUAAAAAGUAUUAAUAAUUUAUCAAAUAAAUUAGAAGAUCAAAAUAAUGGAAAUAAUAUAAAUAAGCAAACAUCCAUAAGUUCUCCUAUUAAUUUAGAUGCAGAUGCUUGCUUAUUUUAUGAUUUUAAUGAUUUUUUAGAUUAUAUGUAUAAAGAUGAAAAUAUAUUAACUCUUUUUUAUAUAAGAAAAAAUUAUUUAAAAGCAGAAUCACGUGAAGAAUUUGUAAAUGAGAAUGAUAAAAUUAAAUAUUCAAUUGUAUGGGCAUUUUCUAAUGAUGAGAAAAUAUCUGUUGUAGGUUCACAUAAUACCAAAAAAUUAAGUAAAAAAGUAUGUGUAAAGAAAAUUUUAUUAAAAUUAAAAAAUAUUUCUCUAUUAGAGCUAGAUCAAAUGACUAAAUGGAUGAUAAAUAGCUUAAAUGUUAUAUUAAAAGUAGAAAAUAAAAAUAUAGAUAAUAAAUUAAAUAAUAACAUGUAUUAUAGCAAUAUUGAAUGGAAAAUUAAUAAUAAAAUAUAUAAGGCUACAGGAGUAAAUCCUCAUGAGAAAAUUGCUGAGAUGAUAGCAACUCAAAAAUUGUACAUGCUUUUAUAUGAUAUAAAAGAUCAAUUGAUUAAAGAGUCAGAAUAUACAAGGAUUAAUGAAGAUAGGAAAAUGAUAAAUAUGCAUAAUAGAAGUUAUGAAAAUAAUAUGUAUGGUAGAAUUACAAAUAAUAAUCAUAAUUAUGAUGAUACUAAUGUAAAUAAUAAAAUGAUUAGUAGUAAGUGUGAACCUUCUAAAAAUCAAACACUAAGUAAAAAUUAUAGUGAUACACUAUUAUAUAAAAAUAAUAAUAAUAAUAUAUCUUAUCAAGAAAAAAAUGGUGAAAUGCCUUCAAAUAAUGAUGUAUUAAAAAUGAAUAAUAAUAUGGAAAGUAAUACUCAAACUAUAAAUAACUAUAUGUUUUAUAACAUCAAUGAAAAUCCAUCUUCUGUAAAUACGAAAUUCUCUUCAGUGGAAAAUUCAGGAAUGCAAUCAGCUGCAGGUGUUAUUUUUAAUAGGAACAUUAAUAAUAUGGAAAUGAAUAACGUUAAUAAUAAUAUAAAUAACAGUAACACAAAUAGUAAUAUAAACAAUAUGAAUUAUCAAAAUAACAAUUUAAUAAAUUCAAAUGAUAAAAAUUCAAUUGAUAAUAACAGUAAUGGGAUAAAUAAUAGUGUACCAGAUUCCUCGGAAUUUGUUACAUAUAGUUUAACAAAACAGGAUGCCAGCAGUAUACAGAUGUUAAGAAAUAAUAUUGCAUCCAGAUAUAAAAUACAUCAAACAGAAAUAUUCGAACAAGUGUAUAAUUUAUAUAAAUGUACUUUAGAAUGGGAAUGGAAAAACGGGAAGAAUCCAUGUAAGGCAAAAAGUGUUGGAUAUGGGAGUACAAAAAGUUUAGCAAAAUGUGAGGCCGCUUAUGAUAUGUUAGUAAAAAAUAAUUUAAUAGAAUAUGUUUCAUCAACAGAUAGAAAAAAUGCACAAUAUAUAAGAGAUUUAAUAGCAAAAGAUUUAACAAAGGCCUUAAACCUAGCUAUUCAAUUUAUUCUUCAAUAUAGUAGUAGUGCUUGGUCAAUCUUCUUAAUAUACUUGUUAAGGGAAUUAUUAAUAGAUGGUAAUUACGAUAAUAUAAACAGAUUAUUAAAUACAGUUGUAGAAGUUAGUAAACAAGGGAGAUUAGAAGUUGAUGAAAUGAAUAAAUUAAAUAAUAUGAAUAACGUUAAUAAAAUGGGCCGUGUAAAUAAUUUUAAUAAUAUGAAUAAUAAUAACAAUAAUGAGGAACAAAUCAAAGAUAUAUAUAAUAAUGAAGAUGGUAAUUAUUCUAAUAAUUGUAGUAAUUCAUUUUUCUUUAAUCCUUAUAUUCAAAAAAAAAAUGUUAAUAACAAUUAUGUUCAUAAAUUAGUUUCAAUAGAUUUGUGGGAAAAAUUAAUAGAUGAAUGUGUUGUUAUUUUAAAUGAUAAAUUAUGUUUUCAUUGUAUCACUUUAUUACAAGAAGUAGAGUUAGAUUAUUCUAUUUUUAUAUCCAAAUGUGCACAUGAUUAUUAUAAAAAAUACAGAAUUAUGUUAGCUUUGGAGUUACAAGCUAAUUUAGCACAAAGCAUCCAAGAAAAAAGAGAUUUUGAAUAUUUACAUGAAAAUAAAUCUUUAUUAUUAAAAUUAAAAAGUAUUACUAUGCCCAUAUUAUCCUUUACGUGUACAUUAACAAAUGAAGAGAAAGAAUGGAUGAAAUCUACUCAAAUGAGAGAAGAUGACAUUGUUUUAUUAAAACCUUAUGAUAUGUUAUUAAAAGAUGAAGAUGCAUGGUCCAAUAGCUUAAUAGGAAGCAUAACGAGUACAAAAAACGAUAAUACCAUAUAUAACAUUAAUAUAAGAAUAUUUUCUGCAGAAAAUACAAAAAAAGGAAAUGUUAAAUAUAAUAAAUAUAAAUUAUAUUUAUUAUUAAAUAUAGUAACACAUGAAAGAAUGUUGCAAGCUUUAAGAUCAAUUACUUUUAUAAGUUCAAUUCCUACUCAAUAUCAAUCACCGUAUGUUUUUACACCUGAAAUUCGCUUUUUGAUAUUGCACACAUAUAAUAAGCAUAGUAAAUAUAUAGCACAAAAUGGAAAAUUGAGUGAUGAAAUAGCAGAUUAUGAAAGAAUAAAAAUGGAUUUUCAAAACAAUGAAUCUUUAAAAAAUUCACAGGAAGAUAUAUUGAGUGAUUAUAACAAAGAAGCAAAAAAUCCAUAUGAAGAUUUGUUGAAUGAAGCACUAAAUAAGCAAAUUGAUAAUACGCAUGUUGAAGAUAUUGAUAAAUAUCUUAUUGAAAGUAUUAAUUUACCAACAAAUUUGCCUUUAAAUGAUUCCCAAAAAUUAGCAUGCUUAAGUGCACUAACGAGAAGAUUGACACUAGUACAGGGUCCACCUGGUACUGGUAAAACGCAUGUAGCUUGUGCUAUUAUUGACAGUUGGCAUAGACAAAAUAGCAACAAAAAAAUAUUAGCUGUUGCUGAUUCAAAUGUUGCUGCAAAUAAUUUAGUAGAAGGAUUAAAAAAAAGAAAUAUUCAAGCAGUUCGUGUUGGUGCAGGUAGUGAUAGUGAUUUUCAUGAAGAAGCGAUAAUGGAAUUUCACAGAUAUAAAGAUUUAUUGAAACUUAGAAAAAACAAUAUGCAAAAAGAAGCAAAAGUUAUGAAAGCUCUUUUAUUUCUUGAAGCUGUUAAGAAAUACAAUGUUGUUAUUGCAACAUGUGUUGGUUCUGGACAUGAAAUUUUUGAUAACGAAAAAUUUGAAAGAGUUAUAAUUGAUGAAUGUGCACAAUCUAUUGAACCUUCAAAUCUUAUACCUUUAGGACAUUAUUGUAAUAACUUAGUAUUAAUAGGAGAUCACAAACAAUUACCUCCUACUAUUAUCUCACCAGAUGCCAUUAAAUUAGGUUUAGAUAAAUCCUUAUUAGAAAGAUUCGUUAUGGCGAAAAUUUCACCAGUUCAUUUGUUAACUACACAAAGACGUAUGCACUUGAGUAUAUGUGUUUUUCCUAAUUUUCAUUUUUAUGAUAAUAAAUUAAAGACUGCAAAUGUUACUGAAGAAAAUAGGCCUAUUAUCAAGGGGUUCUUAUGGCCUAACCCUAAAUGUAGAUUAGCUUUUAUAGAUGUUUCUAUUGGAAAAAGUGGUAGCAAAUUUGAAAAUGCUUAUGGAACUUCUAAAUUUAAUCUUUACGAAAUAGAACCAUUAAUAUCUGUUUUAAAAUCUAUCAUUAAUGAAGGAUGUGUAUCAGUAGACGAGAUUGGUAUAUUGACAGCGUAUGAUGCUCAGAAAAUGAAGUUAAAAAAAGCAGUUCAAGAAGCAUUUCCUUAUGAGGCUUCUCAUAGAAUAGAAAUUGAUUCAAUUGAUGGAUUUCAAGGAAAAGAAAAAGAUUUAAUUUUAUUUUCAGCUGUUAGAUCUAAUGCAAAUAAUGAAUUAGGUUUUUUAAGAGAUGCAAGAAGAUUAAAUGUAAUGUUAACAAGAGCAAAAAGAGGAGUAAUAAUAUUUGGAGAUCAAUUUACAUUAGCUAAUGAUACUGCUAAUUGGCUACCAUGGCUAAAAUGGAUUUCAUCUAAAAGAGCCAUUGUGCAUGUAACAAAAUUAAAUGACCAUUUAGAAAAUACAGAUUAUUCAUUACUAGAUAAAUUAAAUAAAAUUAAUAAAGCUAUAAACUUAAAAAAUAUUACAGUUUCCGAUAAUUAUUAUUACUAUGGUAAUGAUAUGGGAUUCUCAAAUGACUAUAGUGACCCUAAUUAUACACAAAAUGAAAUUAAAAUUAAUUCAAAUUUAAAUCUAUCUAAGGAAGGGGUGGAACAUAUAGAAGAAGAAAUUGUUGAAAACUGGGAAGAUUUAUUAUAA